AUGCUCAACAAGCAGAUGAAGCGGCUGCUGCGGGGCAUGUACACGGCACACACGGCAAAGGCGGCCAGGGACCCCAAGACGGGCAAGCUGGCACCGCCGGGGCGUGGGGCCGUCGCUACUUGGUGCAAGAACGCGUGGGCAUCCAUCACCCCCGAGACAGUCAAGACUUGCUUCAAGAUCUGCGGCCUCACGCUCGCGCCCGACGGCAGCAAAGACCACGCCUGGUGCCUGCACAACUCCGGGGACGGCUACCGCGAGCUCUGUUGGUAUGCCCUUGUUGUGUGACCUCCAUAGUACAAAGAGUGUUGUUAACGGCAUGUAUUAUCGUAGGGGGACAUGAGGGAGAAGGAGGGAGGAAGAGUGCCAGACCCAAAGCCAGUCGAAAAGGGGGCCCGCAACUCGUAUCUCAAGGUCUCUCCUAGCCGCCCCUCAAGGCAAUCCCAUCUGCGGUACACGAAACCGCCAGUGAUUUGGUACAAUCCGACUAAUCUACCUCCACGCACGAACACCCUCCCUUGGUUCUUUACGCCAGUGAAUAACCACCACUCGUGCGUCGAAGAGUACAUCCGAAAAGCACCUUAAACAACGCAAAUUCGAAACAAGGGGAAACCCGCCAUCGGAUCAAAACCCCUUACAAAUUUCAACGCCUUCACGCCGUUCAUAUCAUGAAAGAUUCCAACGGCCGUACUGCAACAUCAAGGCAAGACAAUAUCUACCACCGCCCCCGGCUCGCUCUCUACGCCACGCUCGGCUGACUCGACAAGGUCCUCCCUGCGCAGCACAAAAACAAAUCAUCAAGCACGCCCCUACCCUUCUGGUGAGGUCGUACGACAAACUUGGCCAAAAUAGCCACCUACAAUGCACCUGAUAUCCAUUGUCCGCUCCUCGAAUAACACUGAUAGUCUACACGCCGUAUGCCCUUCCUUACGCAACACAUGCCUAGUAGUUGGGGACGACUUCAUACGCCCUCUCUAGUGUGCCAAACAACGCGCGUCGCUUUCCCCUUCUCGGAAAGGCGCUUUCCUUUCUUCAUUCCUUGAACAAAGGCGACGCCUGGUGAGAUUCGAACUCCCGGCGUAUCCUUACUCGUUACAUGGUCUUAUUCACCAGACUACUCAGUCACUUGGUUGCCUAGAAGCACAUACACGUGGCGAUCGUCCAGCAUUCAAUCAACAAAUCAGACACAUGGUACAUGCAACAUCGUGGAAACAUGACCAAACUCCUCCCGUAAAGAGAGUCCAACAGCACCCAAGAGGCAACGCCCUCCGUUAUCCAGUAACUGCAAGAUCGAAAUAGUUCCACCUCAAUCAUGAGAGGACGACC